GACAAUGAAAUGUCUUUUGUCCGCGUUGACUCCCUGUCAUUUACAUCCUCGGCAGAAGUCACAGAAAAUUCCUUCUCCCACUUUGGCAGUGCUGCAUUGUCGCCAGACUUAUUGGAUGCUGAGGAUAUUUCAGACUCUGGGGAAGAUAUCCAGGAGCCUGAAGAGCCAAACUCAACAAUUUACAAACUGCUUCUUCCCCUCUGCGAUCAAACUUCGGAAUGGUCUAUGAACACUACCUCUUUUGCACUGUUUUUAUUUCAACUUGGAGAUUUUGUUAUGCCUGCACUGCACCAGUGACAGAAACCAACAAAUGCCAUGACUUGUACCAGAAACAUUAAAUCUAAUUGUGGAAAUCCUGAAAUAAAAACAAUAUCAGAAAUAUUCAGCAGGUAAGGCAUAAUUUGUGGAAAUGAACAUGAGUAAUACUUCAGAAUUCAAAGUAAAACUUGUUAUCAGAGUACAGGCAUAUUACCACAUACAACACUUUUUUUCUGUGGGUGUAUUCUACAAAUCUGUAGAACAGUAAUUGUAAACAAGAUAAACUAUACAAAUGCAAAUAUAAAGAGCACGAAACAACAAAACAUUCCUUCUAGUGAGACCAUUGGUUGUCGGAUCACCACAAAUACAAUGAGUGUAGCUAUCCCCUUUUUUUCAAGAGCCUGAUGGUUGACGGGUAGUUAAUAUUCUUGAACCUGGUGGUGCGAGUCCUGAAGCACUUGUGCCCUCUUCCUGAGGGUGGUAGCGGCAAGUAAAGAGCAUAGCCUGGAUGGUUAGGAUCUUUGGGUGCUGCUUUUCUAUGGCAUUGUUUCCUGUAGAUAUGCUCAAUGGUUGGAAGGCUUUUACUCGGUGAUGUACUGGACUGAAUCCAUUAUCUUUUGUAGGAUUUUCUGCUCAAAGGCAUUAAUGUUCCAAUACCAGGCUGUAAUGCAGCCAGUCAACACACAUUCCACCACACAUCUAUAGAAGUUUAUCAAAGUUCUUGAUGACAUGCUGAAUCUCUGCAGACUCCUGAGGAAGUAGGGGUGCUUUCUUUACAAUUUUAUUUGUAUGAUGAGUCCAGGUCAUGUCCAUGAAACAUAUUUUCACUUCUUCUAAACUUGUCUGAUUCCCAAAUGUACAUGCAUGAAUUGCGACCCCUGCUUUCACUCUGCGCCCUGCUUUAAUGAAUACUGUACUAAAAUUCCAACGUUAAUCUUUCUCUGCCUCAUGCUGGCUUCUUUGGACAGAAGUCUAUGCUUAAGACUGUGGGACUUCCUCAUCUCCCAGAAUCACUUCUAGUAUUUUGGUUUCUCACAAUCUAGCCAUAUCUGUUGAUGUAAUAUUGCCAUCAUUUAUUGUCCCCACUAACUUGCACCAAAUACUCCACCCCUGAAAUUGCAGCAUUUAGUUCUGAUCAAGAUUUAUGAUUCAAAACAAACUUUAUUUGCUCCACAGAUGCUUCUUUCACGUUUCUGGCAUCACCUUUGAUUUCCAGUUCCUUUAAUUCAGAUGCCUGGAAACUGUUCAAUAAAUGUCUAAUGUGGGAAGAUUAUUACAAUCAGUUGACCACUUCGAUAUCAUUCUGAAUUCUUGCUUUGAUAAAAAUAAAUCCUAUUUUAUCAGGGACACCUCAACUACUACAGCAGGGAAUCGUGAGGAAUUUAUGAUACACCGAAGGCCAAGGCUGACACAACCCAAGACUCCAAUGGUACUCAAGCGAAGCAAAACGAACCAAAGGUCAAUGAGUUCCGAAGAACGAGAGCUGUUACUAAUUUCUCAGUUACAAAGAGAAACGGAAGAGCACAGAAAGCUCAAUGAGGCAAUGUACCUUUCAAUUUUUUUCAGAGGUCGCAUCACAACAAGAUCUUCAGUUCCAGCUGCUGACACUCUAUCUAAAGCCAGCUUACCCAGAGUGCAACAAGAAUACAAAGAGUUUAACUUUGUCAAUGAACUCCGCAAAUAUCCACUAUUGACACCAAUGAAGAAAGAGUGCACAGUACCAAAGCCAUUCUCCCUAUUAACAAGUGCAAGGAAAGAGUGCAGAAAGACAUGUGUCGACCAGUAUGUCUCAGUGGCAGAGUACAUUAACAAACUUCAACACUAUACACAGCCAAGAAGCCGCAGACGGCCCAUUUGCCAGGAAACAUCAGCUAAUGUACUUGACUGUAUCCAGGCUCCAGUUCCUGAUACGCCAUCUGAAAUCUGAUCUAACCAGUCCUUCCAUGGUUUGGUCCUUUUCAAAAUCUGGUUCAUUGAUGAAUAUUUGAAACGUUUGGAUUUUUGAAUGAAAUUACAUCACACUAUUCAGGUUAACUAAGUUGGGCGUUUUACUGGACAGUACUAAAAUAUUUUAUAUAGUGUGCUAUUUUUACCCAUUGGGUGAAUUCACACUGCAUGACCUGAAUUGUUAGAGCAAUAGAUUUUUUUCUGACAAUAAGACAUUCACUGUUGUAAU